UCUUCAGUGUGUCGUGAGCUGUGGUCGCGCGUGGACGUUAAGUGAUGAACUGAUGACGCCUUGCCAGUAAUUGGACAGCCGACAUGUCUAAAGUCAAGACUAUGUUAAAGAUAGGCGGCGGCGCGGUCUUGCUGGCUGCGAUCGUGGCGGUGUUCGUGGUCGCCACGCAUGGCCGCGACCCCGACCUGGAGGCGCUAGAGCAGGAGGGCAGGGAGUACAUCUUCCACCUGGACAAGAUGGCCGGCCAGAGGAAGAACAGGGCGUCGCUGGCGGAGUGGGCGUACACGUCCAACAUCACCAAGGAAAAUGAGGAGAACAGGAUUCAAGUUCAGUUGGAACUAUCCAAGCUAGAAAAACAAGCAUGGGAGGAAACGAAAAUGUACAGGUGGCAGGAUUUCCAAGACCAAUCCCUGAGAAGAAUGUUCAAGAAGUACUGCCAACUGGGAGUUUCUGCUCUUCCUGAUGAUAAAUACAAGUUGCUGAUGCAGUCCGUAUCGGGGAUGGAGUCUAAUUACGCUACAUCCAAAAUAUGCGCCUACAAGAACGAGACCAAAUGCGAUCUUUCUUUGGAACCUGAUAUCACAGAAAUUUUCUCUAAGAGCCAAGACCCUGAGGAGUUGAAGCAUGUCUGGGUGGAGUGGCAUAAUGCAGCUGGAGCCAGAGCGAGGCAGAACUUCACACAGUAUGUUCAGCUGAACAAUGAAGCUGCUAAAUUAAAUGAUUUCAAGGACGUUGCUGAAUGGUGGCAGUCAGAAUAUGAAGUGCCGAACUUUGAGCAGCAACUGGCAAAGUUAUGGGAAGACGUCAAACCUCUAUACCAGCAACUACAUGCAUACGUCAGGAAACGACUAAGGGACAAGUAUGGUGACCACGUCGUGUCUGCGAAGGGACCUAUCCCAGCGCAUUUAUUAGGCAACAUGUGGGCACAAACUUGGAGCAACAUCGAAUCCUUCACAAGGCCUUACCCUGACAAGAAAGAACUGGAUGUGACGCAGGCGAUGCAACAGAAGAAUUUCACGGCGCUGAAAAUGUUCCAAAUGUCGGACGAGUUCUUCCGAUCGCUCAACUUGACAGCAAUGCCUGAGAAAUUCUGGCAGAAUUCCAUUAUUGAGAAGCCCGCUGACAGAGAAAUCGUCUGCCAUGCGUCGGCUUGGGACUUCUAUGAUGGAGAGGAUUUCAGGAUCAAAAUGUGCACGAGAGUGGAGUGGGAGCAGUUGAAGGUGGUCCAUCACGAGAUGGGACAUAUUCAGUACUAUUUGCAAUAUCGAGAUCAGCCUGUCACGUUCCGUGACGGGGCUAAUCCAGGUUUCCACGAGGCUGUUGGAGACACCAUCGCACUAUCCGUAUCAUCUCCUAAACACCUCCGUCGUGUUGGACUCAUCAGUGGCGACGCUGAAGACGAACAGACUGAAAUCAAUCAGUUAUACAAAAUGGGUAUCGACAAAAUAGUGUUUCUGCCGUUCGCGUACACUCUAGAUCUGUUCCGCUACGGCGUGUUCCGCGGUACAACACCACCAGAGGACUACAACUGUCACUACUGGAGGCUGCGAGACGAGCUGCAGGGUGUGGAGCCCCCAGUCAACAGAACAGAGGAGGACUUCGAUGCGGCUGCCAAAUACCAUGUGUCAGCCGAUGUGGAGUAUGCUAGGUACUAUGUGUCAUUCAUAAUCCAGUUCCAAUUCCACCGAGCGCUGUGCCAGCUGGCCGGGGAGUAUGUACCCGAGGACCUCACCAAGAAGCUUGUCGACUGUGACAUCUACCAGAGCGUCGCUGCUGGAAAUGCUUUGUCGAACAUGCUGAAAAUGGGUUCCUCAAAGCCCUGGCCUGAAGCGAUGGAGGCGCUGACCGGGCAGCGGGCGAUGAGAGCUGACGGUCUGCUGGAGUACUUCAGGCCGCUACACGAGUGGCUGCAAGCGGAGAACCAGAGGACGGGAGAAUACAUCGGAUGGGAGUCGAGCAAAAUACAAUACUGCACACCGGAGCAACAAUCGGCGAUAGCGGCAAAGAAGGCACCGGACACGACGCCGGAGACGUGACCGUACUUACUGACUAUAGGAUAAUUUAGAACAGUAUUCAAAAUAAAAUAUCUUUUAAUAU